AUGAAGAAAGACGCCGACGGGACAAUUCUCAUCCCACAGCCCUCCGACGACCCAGAUGAUCCUCUGAACUGGUCCGAUGCUCGCAAAAACAUCACACUCUCCAUCUGGGCGUUUGCCUGUUUCUCCAGCCAGAUCUCCGCCAUGACGAAUCUACAGGGCUCCUUCUUACAGGCGCCGGUGUACCACAAGACGCCGGUGCAAGUGAACUACAAUAUCUCCCUUACUCUGGCCGGUUUAAUCAUAGGACCGAUGCUGGUGGUCCCUCUCGGGCGGAGAUUCGGGCUGUGUUGCUGUCUCCUGUGGUCGACCGUCGGAGUGCUCGCCACGGCCAUCUGGUCGGCUUUGAUGACGGGGGAGAAGGAUUACGGCGCGUUCCUUGCCUCGCGGUUUGUAGCAGGCGUCUUUGCCGGGUGUCCGCUGAUUCUCGGGUCGGCCAUGGUCGUGCAGGUGUUUUUCCGUCAUCACCGCGGUCGCUGUCUGCAUAUCCUGCAUAUCCCGUACCUGCUUGGCGUCAUCACCGCGCCCAUCUUUGGCGGGUAUAUAAUUUCCACGCAGUCGUGGACGGUGCAGUUUUGGUGGACGGCGGGGAUGAACGGCCUGCUCAUCCUCCUCAUCUUGUGCUUUCUCGAAGACUCGGAGUCCAGCGUUGCCGCCAAGGAGUCUCUCCUUCAUCGUCGACUGAGAACCUACACUGGUCGAGCUGUCGCCACGCCGGCGUCGUGGAGAGAUUGCACACGAAUGGUCCGGAAUGAAUUUCGUAUCGGGUUCUCCCCGCUUGGCAUGCUGGCCGGGUUCUUUCUCCUGGUUGACUUUGGCUUCAGCACCAUGACUCUCGUUAUGGUGAAUUUGUUUCUCGCCGACCCGGUCGACGAGGGCGGGUACGGGUUUACUUCGACGGAGAUCGCAUCCUUCACCUUCUGUCUGUGGAUUGGAGUCUGUAUCGCCGAGCUGUACGGCCAUUUCGUGAGCGACCGACUCCCCCUCUGGCUCUCCCGCCGACAGUCAGGAAUCUGGCGCCCGGAAUUCCGCCUCCACUGCCUAUGGGCCCCUGCAAGCCUCGUCCCCGUCGGAGUUGGUCUUUUCGGUGCCUCGCUGGAGUACCACCUGCACUGGGCCGUUCUUGCCCUCGCAUCCAUGCUGACGUUUAUCGGCUCCAUGUCCAUCGUGCCCCAUACCACGGCAUACCUCACCGACUGUUUCCCAGACCUCGUCGCAGAGAUGUCGGCCAUCAUGGGCUUGUACCGCUUGAUCUUCGGCCUCACCACCACCUUCUUCAUCACCCCCUGGGCUGCCGCAGUCGGAGUCGGCUGGGUGUUUGGCACAGCAGCGUUCAUCUCGCUGGCCGCCUUGGGCAUCGUCGGUAUUCUCGUGUCUUGGGGGGAGCUGUUCAGGCGUCAACUGGGGGAUUUCACCGAGACAGCACCAGAAACUGAGCUGUUUGUCGCUGGCGCAGAUGGAGAUGGACAAUCUCAACAGGUUCAGAGAGAAUUCUUAGUCAGCAACACCCCUUAGUCAUCAAUUCCUGGUCACGAAGUCCUUAGUCAGCUCUUCGGGCCGACGUAUUCCCG